AUGUUACCUUUCUCAGCUCUACUACUUAUUGCAAUUUUUGCUCGUCAAGGCUUUGCAGCUUUACCGACCUGCAACGCUCAACGGCCCAAUAUUGUCUUUAUCUUUACCGAUGAUCAAGAUCUUCAUUUGAAUUCGUUGGACUACAUGCAAAACGUGCAAAAUCUCAUCGUGGAUCAAGGAACUACAUUUACCAAGCACUUCGCGACCGUUUCCAAUUGCUGUCCUAGUCGAGCAUCCUUGCUUCGAGGCCAACACGGCCACAACACCAAUAUCACUCAUGUGCGAAACCCAGGUGGAAACUAUCAGAAAUGGCGUUUGAUGGGUGAGGAUCAUAAUUAUCUGCCCAUAUGGUUACAAAAUGCUGGAUACCGAACCGAGUAUAUUGGCAAAUUUCUGAAUGGCUAUAGCAAGGCUUUGUAUCAGAAUACUCCUAAGGGCUGGGACCAUAUCGAUGCUUUGGUUGACCCAUGGGUGUACGACUUCAACCGACCUGUCUUCUCUGCUAACGGUGAAACGCCUAUGUUAUUCCAGGGGUAUCAUCAAACCGACGUAUUGCGAGCGAAGAUGACGGCAAGGCUCAAGUACCUUACCGAAGAGCAAGGAAAGCCCUUUUAUCUUACCCUCGGCACUGUUGCGCCCCAUGUUCGAACCGGCGGCGAUCUCCCAAUUGCUCAGGUGCGGCAUCAGCAAGACUUUCUCACCGCCACGGCACCCCGGACAAAGAAUUUCAACCCAGAUCAAGUGUAUACAGAUCAGAAGCCAUCGUGGCUUAAAGAAUUCAACUCUCUGAAUCGAUCGCAGCUAGACCGCAUAGAUGAGCACUACCGUCGCCGAGUCCAGACGCUUCAAGGCGUAGACGAGAUUGUGCACGACGUCGUUGAGCUACUGCGGGAGAAAAACGUCUUGGACAAUACUUAUAUUGUAUUUUCGGCUGAUAAUGGUUAUCAUAUGGGCCAGCACCGUGCAGGUGCUGGCAAGACGUUGCCUUACAUCACUGAUACUAACGUUCCCUUCCUCGUACGAGGCCCCGAUGUCCCCCAAGGUGUUAUCUCGAUAUUGCCUAGCAAACAUCUAGAUUUGGCACCCACUUUCUUAGAAAUUGCAUGCGUUGAUGAAUCCGAGUACCCUGUAUUCCUUGAUGGCCGAAGUGUCCUCAGUAACUGGCAUAACCCUCGGAAUGCAACUGACCCCAAGCACCAUGAUAUUAUCAACAUCGAAUUUUGGGGUGGCGGAGAAAGCGAGUUACCAGGGCAAAGCGGAGAUAGAAGAAACAGCUAUAAAGCGAUUCGUGUCAUUGGGACUAAGUCGUCCUGGUUGUACACCAAGUGGUGCACGGGCGACACGGAGCUUUAUGACACUUUGGAUGAUCCGUGGGAGCUCAAUAACCUCGCCCACGAGUCCAACGAUCCCGACGAGGAGACCACUCGUCUCAUCCAUCGUCUCAACGGUAUUCUCCUCGUCACCAAGUCGUGCCAGCAAGACAACUGCCGCAACCCUUGGACCGUCUUGCAGAACCAUUGCAAAACGGAGGAUCCGGAUUGCCCCCAUGGCGAUAUCUUUUCCAACCUCGAGGCCGCUAUGGAGACAAAAUAUGAUGCCUUCUUUAAGAGCCUUCCGGAAUUCAAUUUCAAGGAAUGUCUUCUUGUACAAGUCGCUGACAAUGAGGAGCCAUUUUUACCUGCCUCGUCUAAGAAGCUUGGAGGCGACUUCCGCGAACAUGUCGACCGAUAUAUCGACCCGUCUACAAAUUCCACGAAGGAUGUUCCGUUCAACAGCCAGCAGCAGGGCACCCAAGAGCAGCGGAAUAUUCAGAUUGAUAAAAUGAUGGAGACGGCCCGAAAAUUAACAUCGGAGGAACUGGGUACUUGA